AUAUGGGUCAUUUGCGCCUGACGUACUUAUGGCAGUGCUCACCCUCACAUGACGCAUGCAUGCAACUUUGAGGCUAGUGCUUGUGCUCCUGUCCUCCCGCAUGCUGCAUAGGAGGCCUUGUACUCCCGCAUGACUUGAUCAUGCAGCCUAGGAAGCCUUGAACUACUGCCUCUGACUUUUUCUAUGCUGCUUAGGCCUUGUACUCCUGCAACCUACUCGCGCAUGCUGCAGAGAACUUGUUCUGCCCCUGACUCAAGCAUGCUGCCUAGGCCUUGUACUCCUGGCUGAAUUAUUAAUGUUGCCUAGGAGGCCUAGUACUCCCACAUGUCACAAAUGCCUGGAGGCAUUCUACUCAAAUAUCUGAAUAACACAUGCAGUCUAUGAGGUCUUGUACUUCCACAUCUAAUGCACGCAUGCACUUUAGGCCUCUUGCUACAUCUGAUACACAUGCAGCCUAGGAGGCCAGUGUUUGUGCCACUUAUAUAAAAAGCAGAGAGAACCUUUACAGCCUAUGUAAAUUACCUAGCACCUAAAUUAUUGGGAACGCCUGAAGUUCUUCAAACUGUACUACUAAGAAUGUAGACAAGAAAGAUGCACUGUAAUCUACACCAUGAAAAUUCUAAAGUGAUUGGUCCCAAAUCUACAAAGCGAAAUCGCUUCCUACAAAAGCAAGAGGCUCGGCAAAUAGUACAAAAUCCCCCAAUGAAAAGCAAAGAUUUAAUUAUGUUAAGAGAUAACUUGUUGAGUGUCAAGGGAACAAGAUUUUUUAACACCCUUCAUACACAAGGGAAAUUACAAGGAGACUCUUAGAUGCCACAGCCCCUCCUGAUCAGAGGGGCUGUGGUGCCUAUAAUGUAUUGUGUAUGGCAAGCAGUAACAGCCUGAAUUAUCAGGUUGUCAAUUGGGAAUGUGACAAAGGGGCCAGUGACCCCUGGAACUGUUUGCUGGUAAAUACCCCCCCCCCCCCACCAAUGUACACAUGCCCUAGAGGCCAAAACUUGUGCCCAAACUCGGCUCUUACACAUGCAAUCUACAAACCAUUCUUGCAUGAUAUACCCAAAGGUAUAUCAUGCCACAAGCAUAUGGAAAACAAUAUAUGUGUAUUCUUAUUCUCAUUAUCUGUAAUCCUCACAACCAGCAACUCACAAUCAGUGACAAACACAUAACAAUAUGUACUAGACAUGUAUCUCUCACACCUCAUGUACUGUAUGUGCCAUCUUUGUAUCAGCAAUGUAUCGCUUAAAUUCUGUACCACAUUAUGUAAUAAAAUAUACCUAUUGGUAAAAAAGAAUGAAAAGAUGGGGUGAUACGGGAAGCGGAAUAUUCAAAUGGCUUCAGGAAGAAAUCCAAAUAUUCUUCCUUGAAGCCUUUUUAUCCACUUCUCCGAGGCUAUGGGUCCUACAAUUUACACCAUUAAAUACUAUAUUGCAUGUGUUAACCAGAAGACAAUUUCGGGAGUCACCGCCUCAACUGCCCGGUCCAAGACCAGGGUUCACUAAAGGAAUGGAAAGCAAUCAGAUUCAAAGGAUGGGAAGUGUAGCUCCAAUUUCCUGGAUCAAGAGCUUUUCACCUGCAUCCAGACACCUCCCUUGAAUUGUGAUAUGCAUGCAGAUAAGAACGUUACAUGGUGCUGUUUAGUCACUGCAUUACCAUAUAUGUGCCCUUUGUUAUAAAUCUGUCUAUCUUCACUAUGUAUCUUUUUUUUGCUAUUUUGUUCUCAUUUUCACUAGGAUCAUUUUUAUUAUAAUCAGGUAAGCACCAAACCCAUAUGGCCCAUUAAUGCCAAGAAUGCAGGGGUAAACAAAAAGAGGUGAAAAUGUUUUUGAAGGGCAAGGGUAAAGGAAAGGAGAAAGUCUGCUGCAAUUUAGUGACAGUCAAGAAAUUCAUUACAUACAUGAUUUGUCAGGAUGUGCUGAUAGUCCAAACAUUUACCUAUCUGUGUGUGCUGAUAGUUCAGUCCUUUAAUUUACUGUCCCAUUUUUGAGAAAGUAUUUUUGAUUACUCCAUGGCAUGCAUACUCUAUACACCUCUUUGGGAGUCCCUCUUUUAAAGGUGGAACUCUAAAAGAUGGAGACAGUGUAAGCAUGCCAGGGCAUUGAAAGAUGAAGUGACAAUUUUCUCUAAAGAAUGGGACAAUCAGUCAAAAGAUAUUGGACUAUUACAUAACCUAAAUUCAGGCAAAGCAGCACUGGACAACCCUCCAUGACAUGACCAUGUGUGAGUAUGAUGUGACCAAUCCACAAGCACAACUAAGAUUUGAUGAAAAACUCUAUAGUCACUAAUGCAGACCAACACUGCCAAAACAAUUACACAAGAGUCAAGCUACAACAGCACUAAGAAAUCCACAUCUUUAUGUCCCUUUAUCUUAUUUAGGCUGUCUUAUUUUGUAUGGCAUGGUCAUAUCUCCUCUUGAGAAAGAGAGAGAGAGGAGCAUGAUUUAUACUGCAGUGAGAUGACAAAUAAAACUUUCUAUAACAUGAUAAAUUUGUACAUUUAGUAAGCAAAAUAAUAAUUUUUAGGUCAGGAAAAUGUGCACAAAGAGUUUCAUCACAAAUCAACAGCAACAGUACAAGCAGGACAUUUGAUCCUAGCCUGCUGGCAUUGUCUGACUUAAAAUACACAAACAAUGUAUUCGCCGUCACACCUUAGUCCCCAGCUCUGAGCUGUUGGCCUUAAGCUACUCACUCAUCAUUUGUCUACCUGUCUGGUGUCUACCUGUUGAUGGUUCCAGGGGUCAUCUCUGUGGCCCAGUCCCAGAACAGGCUGCCUUGUUCAUGGCAGAAUCAGUCAAGUUAUUGGGGCUAGCAGAGAAUAGCCAAGGCAAUUAAAUAAUGGAUAAACUAAAUAAAACUACACGUAAUAAUAUGACAAAUAAGAAUUAGAAUCGCCAAACAUGGAGCACCUUGAAGUAAUGCCUAUUAGCUCUCGAGUGGUAUGUCUGAACGCCCCUCAUCUGAAGUCACUGUGUGUGUUCGAAGCUCUCUCACGAACCCUAGGAUGCUACUACAACCAUCAUCGCCCACAGAUUGUAUCUUGCCAGGGCGUGGUGAGACUUCCAGCCCCGAGGAUUGUACGUAUACGUGGUCAUGCAUCUCACACCCACACCCCUGGUGAUAUACCAAUGCUCCACACUACCAUACAGAUGGGGACAUACCUUGUGUUUCAUCUCACAGACUGGGCACAUGUAAGACAAUGUUACUUGGUACUCAAUGGCAUAGAAAAAGUUCCUCGGACAAAUGUUCCACCAAGAAUCAUACUGGAGCGUAUUCACGGUUCGGAGGUUUCACAAUCACUAUCUCUUAAAGCCGAGAUGCACCAAAAUGAAAACACCAGAAAUAGUGUUAGCCUGACAAGAUUGCACACCUCGCCCCUUCCUGGCACUUGUAUCACAACACCUCGAGAGAAUCCCACCAGCCUCCCAACUCCAGCAAGAAAUCCAGCCACAAGAAGAGAUUCAGAUUACUGCAAUAACCAAGACAACCAGGGAAACUUGCAAGUUAAUAACAGUAUGCACAUGGUAAAUGACCAAAAUAAAAAAGAUACAGAAGAAAAAAUGAAUGGAACAGAUGGGCAAAAUGAGCAACAGCAUUGCCAGAUCAUCCUUAAUAUGGCUGAGACAGAGGAAGUAACAUCAUUACUGGAUGAGGAUGAAGAUGAAUACACUUCAGAUACAUCUGAUGAUCUUCACAAGGUGGUGCGGAAGAGACUGUCAAUAGAUAUUACACAACUCCUAAGCCCACGCCCAAAGGAUAAAAUUCUAGUUUUAUUAUUAAGACCAGCUGAGGAGACACAAGCCUGGCAGUUUCUGUCAUCAUGUAUGAAGGUAACUCACUCCAGCAGCAAAACCAUGGUGAUGGAAGGUACUGGCACCAUCAAAAAGGCACUUACCAGAACAAAGCCUCUAUAUUUCUCUAAAAAUGGAAAUGUGCAUAGACUCUAAGUCAACUUUAUGGAUUACUAGUCUUAAAUGAUCAUUUGUUCAUACUCAUCGAAAUAUGUACCUGAAACAUACUUAAUGCUUUUAAUUUCUAUGACCAUCUUUAAAAUUGCUAAUUAUUGCUCUGCUAAUUUAUAAAGUUUAAGAACAAACAGCAUUCAUUCUGCUGUAGAUGUAUAUGUUACAUAUAUUGAAGAAAACCAUUAAGCUUACUGAAUUUAUUCAGCUCUGUCUGUAGUUCUAUACAAAUUUUUCACAGCAGUUUCAAGAAGUAAAUUAACAUGAGAGUAGUAAUUACCAGAUUACCUCUAUGUGAUUUCCCAUUUAUAGUGUCUUAACCUUUUAACUGUGUGUGACAUACAUGUAAUAAAGGCUUGCUGACCCAUACUAGGCAGGUCUUACAAUCAACAAUCUUAUAUGUCUAAUCUAUUUUUAAAACAUCCCAAGGUUGGGAAUCUGAGUGCAACUUGCACAAAUUCUAGUGAGCUCAAAUUAAGACCAUUGUGAUGUAAUUUAUGUCAGACAAACAUCUUAUGCUGCAAAUUUACAGGACAUCCAGUAAAAAUAUCCACAUAUACUUUUGUGUCCCACCAGGGAGGAUGCUUAGUGAGUCAUGUAAUGAGGGCAGUAUUUUAAGGGAAGAGUAAACUAGUGUUACUGUACUGUAUACUGUAAUAACAUUGCAGACUGCAGUAAUAGUGACAGUGGGUAAAACAACAUAUAUUGUCAUGAAGACAGUAAAUAUAAUGCAUGUAAAAAAAAGAACAAGCAUGCCAGCACUUUCUUUCAGUAAACUUUUUUAAGAAUGUUAAAUUUAAUGAGGUUUGCAAAAUAUCUGAAGAUGAGGCCUGGUCAUGGACCUGGCCAUGGGGGCAUUGACCCCCAAAACACCCUCCAGGUAAGUGGGCAAAAUGAUUACCAAAGGAACCAAAAUGUUCCCAAUCCAUUUCUCACAUCAACUGUUAUUCUCUUAUGAAAAGGAACUUUAAAGCAAUUGGCGAUACCAGAGAAACACAUUACUGCAUUGUCAUUCUCCUAUGGGCUGAACUGAAUUCACCUGACCCAGCACAAACCCCAAUAUAAAAAACCAUAGGAUUUUUUCAAAAAAGUUCCUAGUGGAUUUCUCAACCUCAAAUUUCUCUUUCUUUCUGUAAACUCUCUCUCUUUUAAGCAUCAAUAUUAACUAGAUUAGAGAGAUAGUUAAAGAAUUAUGAUCAAUAAACAAUCUAAUAGCCAGACCAGGAAUGAGAUUUUUCUGGAAAAUAAUCUCAAUAAAUUUCUCCACACCUGAAGUUGGUUUCUCUGUGUCACCCACAUUAUGAGAGGUUCAGUGAAACUAAAAACCACAAAUACAAAAUUAAGCCUACAUAACAAAUUUUGUUUCAAAUCUGGAUUCACUGUCUCUAAUGCAUGUAUCUCUAACUUUUUUUUUUUAACACUGGCCGUCUCCCACUGAGGUAGGGCAACCCAAAAUAAGAAACAGUUUCACCAUCAUUCACACUAUCACUAUCUUGCCUGAGUUAUACAGAUAUGACAGUUCAGAUGUCCCUCCAAUUAACAUUACAAGAAAUAAUGAGAUGAAUAAAAAUGAAUUUGGGUUAGGUUAAGUCAGUGAGCUAGAAAAACACUGGAUAAUUAAUUCGCUGGUUGAAUAAUUGAAACCUGUGAACUUAUAAAAAUAAAUGGUUAACCCUAGAAUGAUACUACUCUGCUUCACAGAAAUACAGCCAUUCUCCUUUAUGAGCUAGGUUUGGAUGUUGAUUUUUUAGUUAUUUUUGUUUAUAUUAUUUGCUUAUUACAUGUAUUAAUAUUUCGUAUAUGGCAUGCUCAUAUUUUUUUUGACUGAUAUGUGACCACUGAUGUGAAAACCAAUCAUAGAUAAACUAUUAAAAUACAGAUUUAAGUAAUGUCAUAGAAAGAUUUUUGGAACCAAUGCCAGAGAGUUUUACUUAUCAUUAACGAAGGCUUUUAUCUAACCUAUUCUGUUAAGUCAUCUUUCACAUUUUAUAAACAUGAAUCUAGUCUAGAUGGAAGGAAUUAAGGUUAAGAAAAAGAAAAUACAAUAGAUAUUUACAACAAAUACAAAGAUGUGGAUACACAGACAGCUUAAUGAAUAAAUAAGGUAUAUCGACAAUGCAUAUACAGUGGUACCCCGAGUUUUGUACGUAAUUCGUUUCAGAAGGCUGUUCAAGUGCCGUUACCGAACUAAUUUAUUCCCAUAAGGAAUAAUGUAAAUUAGAUUAGUCCGUUUCAGACCCCCAAAAAUACACUUACGAAAGCACUUACAAUAAUACACUUACAUAACUGUUAGAGUUGGGAGCAGUACGAAACUCAGGGUACCACUGUACGUAUGUAUGUUUAUACAGUACGUACAGACAAGAGUUACUAUUAAAUAUUUUCACAAAAGAAGGGGCUCAGAGGUUACCUAUACUGUCAAUAUACAGCAUUUCAUUAAAAGCUAAACCUACAUAGGUCACUAAGUGAAGGGUAUGGUGUAGGCUCGAUAUGACCGCUAAUCGUAAGAUGGUCUCUGACAAGUUGGGAUGUUGGUAAUCGCAUCUCUGAAUCUACAGUGUCUUAAAAAAUAAUGCACUCUUUUAUCCUUUCUUAACAUUUCACUUAUUGCACACUUAUUUUAAGCACUUUUUAUUAGCUAUCUUUUCUUAUUAACAGUGAAGAUACUAAUGAAUGGGAGGGUCUAAAAAGACUACUUUACAUAGAUAAAUUUAUGAAGAAAUUCCUACAAAAUAUUUGACAAUAUGAAAAAAAUACCAGUAAAAAGGCAGAACAGAAACAUCUGAGUACUCAUGUGUGUAAAUAUAUGCCGGUGCCAUUAUAUUUUUCUGUAGAUAAAUAUAUAGAUAUCCAGACUUCCAGCGAGCGUGCGUGAGCGUGUUAGAUAGGAGUGAAUGGAGACGAAUGGUAUUUGGGACCUGAUGAGAUGUUGGAGUGUGAGCAGGGUAAUAUUUAGUGAAGGGAUUCAGGGAAACUGGUUAUUUUUAUAUAGCCAGACUUGAGUCCUGGAAAUGCCUGCACUUUAAAG